CUGGACACACACACACACUGGACACAGUGUUGUUUCCUGUGUGACAUGCUCAGCAGCUCAGACCCACACAGGAAACAGGCCACUCCUUUACUCUUUCACUUUCAGAAUAAACAAAGCUGCAUUGCAGAGCAGUCGCUUAUCUUCCUCCUAGAUGGCCGAGAGUGAUAAAAAAACGAAGAAAAGCAAGGAAGAAAGGGCGAGGGACUACUUGCUUAACACUCAUUUUGCACACAAUGCAGUCUUCCUCUUCAGGAAAGCUACUAAAAUAGCUGAAGUUUACAACCGUGCCACGCAGUGUGCCAAAUGCCAAAAAUUUAAAUAUGAAUGUAAAUGUAUGCAGAUGGAUCUGAAGCAGAUCCUGGAUCAGAUGCUACACAGCAUCCUGUUCUUAGGUAACAUUCAUUUCUCAAGUUACCUCCCAGAAUACAUCUUUGCUGAUGUGGAAAUGUUUCACCAAACUUCGGAAGAUUUCCCAGGACCAUUCAGCCAUUACCAAACCCACGUGGCUCUACGGACACCUUUCUCCUACUUUCUGGAACUGGUCACAAUAUGCUACGGCCACGGUGAAAACAUAGUGAAGAAUAAGCUGUCUGAAAUAUUACGUGGUUGUAGAAAAUCAGGUGAUCUAUACCCACUGAUUUCCACCGUCAUAUGCAUCUGUGAGAGCGGUGGGUCCAGAUACUACGGAGCUUCUCUGUCCUGUUUGAGUGACCAAGAGAGAGAGAUCAUGACUGCUGUGUCCUGUGUGCAUGUUUGGCAUCUCAACGUUUCCUCUGCUGUGAUGUCUGUGUUUCCUGAUGGCACUGGAGAACCACGUAGUAUAAAACUCCCAGUUACAGUGAAGUGUAGCGCGUAUGCAGUGGCAGACAUGGGGCAGCUGAAACCACCUUGUAAGCGCUGCAAUCAGCUUUAUUCUCUUCCUGGUCACACAGACCAUGAAAAUCCCCCUGGUAACUGUGCUGAGACAGAGGCCAUCAGUAACUUUUUUAAAGCUGAGAAGCAUGGAAAUUCUAGGCAGACUCUUUUUAGACAUAACCACCAAGAAGAGAUGCAAAGAAUGAGCAAUUGUUUUGACAAGAAUAUGAAAAAGGGCAUGAAUUAUAAUAUCAAUAGAGUCUAUCCCACUCAGUGAUCCAGAAUCUCUAAGAUCAUGAAACUAAAUUAUUCUGAAGCUUUUUGUUCAUAUAACUGAAUUAUCCUGAAGCUCUAUGAUUAUCUCAAUGAAUUACCCUGAAGCUCUUAGAUUCUGCAGCUCUAAGAUUUUAAAGCUCUAUGAUCUUGAAUCUGUAUGAUCCUGCUUGUUUGUUAUCCUGAAUAAGGAAGAAGCUCUUCUUUGACACCUCUGAUAUUUGCUAGUAAAAGAUAUGAAAUAAUGAAUAAGAUGAUAAAUGUGCAUUUAGUCAUCAUUUUAUACAUGAAAUAAAACACAAAUGAUUAAUAUUUGCUCUCCUGUCUGUGUUCUUUAAAAAAGCAGUUAUAAAAUAGGAAUUCCUCAAAAACAAAAAAACAUAUAUUUAAGGACAUUGUGGAGAUUAGGUC